AUGGAAGUUAUAACAGAAAAACCAAAAGUACAAUUUAACUUUUAUGAUGAACAGAACAAUAGCUAUAAUAAUAGUACUGACUAUCCAGAAUUCUCUAAGGAUAGUAAUAUAGAUUAUCAGCCUUAUGUUUAUACAAAUAGAAAAUUUCCUUUAGAUAAAAAUAGUGAACUAAGAAGAAAAGAAUCUCCUAGUAGAAAACCAGGUUUAUGUGUCGAUGAAAUAUGUACGUGUGGAUUUCAUAGAUGCCCUCGAAUUAUAAAAUCGAUACCUUUUGAAGGAGAAAGUAAUUAUCGAAGCGAAUUUGGACCCAAAGCUUUGCCUGAAUUGCCCCCUCAAAUUUAUAUGAAACCACCAAAACCAUUGCCUUUUGAGGGACAGACUAAUUACAGAAGCGAAUUUGGUCCCAAACCUUUGCCUGAAUUACCACCUCAGAUUUAUAUGAAACCACCAAAAUCAUUGCCUUUUGAGGGAGAAACAAAUUACAGAAGUGAAUUUGGGCCCAAACCUUUGCCAGAAUUACCGCCAAGGAUAGAAACUAAAUUAGUGAAACCAUUACCUUUUGAAGGUGAAAGUAAUUAUAGAAGUGAAUUCGGUCCAAAACCUUUACCAGAAUUACCACCUCAGAUUUAUAUGAAACCACCAAAAUCAUUGCCUUUUGAGGGUGAGACUAAUUACAGAAGUGAAUUUGGGCCCAAACCUUUGCCUGAAUUACCACCUCAGAUUUAUAUGAAACCACCAAAAUCAUUGCCUUUUGAGGGAGAAACAAAUUACAGAAGUGAAUUUGGGCCCAAACCUUUGCCAGAAUUACCGCCAAGGAUAGAAACUAAAUUAGUGAAACCAUUACCUUUUGAAGGUGAAAGUAAUUAUAGAAGUGAAUUCGGUCCAAAACCUUUACCAGAAUUACCACCUCAGAUUUAUAUGAAACCACCAAAAUCAUUGCCUUUUGAGGGUGAGACUAAUUACAGAAGUGAAUUUGGGCCCAAACCUUUGCCUGAAUUACCACCUCAGAUUUAUAUGAAACCACCAAAACAAUUGCCUUUUGAAGGAGAAAGUAAUUAUAGAAGCGAUUAUGGACCUAAACCUUUACCAGAAUUACCCCCUAGAAUUGAGAUGAAACUCCCCAAAUCGUUACCCUUCGAAGGUGAGAGUAAUUAUCGAAGCGAAUUCGGGCCCAAACCGUUGCCUGAAUUACCACCGAAAAUAUAUAUGCAGCCCCCAAAACCAUUACCCUUUGAGGGUGAAAGUAAUUACAGGAGUGAGUUUGGUCCUAAACCAUUACCUGAAUUACCACCAAGACAUGAAACUAAAUUAGUUAAACAGUUGCCAUUUGAAGGAGAAAGUAGUUAUAGAACAGAAUAUAUACGAAAGGUUCUUCCUGUUUGUCCAGUGGAAUUAUUACCUAAAUAUCCUACACCUACCUAUCCAUCUCAACAUGUAUUUUGGGAUAGAGAAACAAAAAAGUGGUACUAA